CGGGGAUUAUGACGUCGACGCCUCCCCCCCCACAACUGCUGAAAAUGGUUUCCUAGGACUUUGCAAACGGAUCUGCUUAAGUGUUGGUGCAAAACUUUGUAGAUCUCGGCUCUGGCUUGCUUUAUUUAUUUAUUUUUUGGUUUGUUUUCUUUGGUCUUCCCUCCUUCCCCCCUCCGCCAAAAUGCAGGGGGCAGGAGUGUUGACAAUUAAUUGGUGAACUCUCCUAAAAAAAUGGAGGCAGAGAAAGACUCUGGAAGAAGAUUGCGCCCGAUUGACCGCCAGAGAUACGACGAGAACGAGGACUUGUCGGACGUGGAGGAAAUCGUCAGCGUCCGCGGCUUCAGCCUGGAGGAGAAGCUGCGCAGCCAGCUGUACCAGGGGGACUUCGUGCACGCCAUGGAGGGCAAAGAUUUCAACUAUGAGUACGUGCAGAGAGAAGCUCUCAGGGUUCCUCUGAUAUUUCGAGAAAAGGAUGGACUAGGAAUUAAGAUGCCUGACCCUGAUUUCACGGUCCGAGAUGUCAAACUCCUAGUGGGUAGCCGGCGGCUGGUGGACGUGAUGGAUGUGAACACCCAGAAGGGCACGGAGAUGAGCAUGUCCCAGUUUGUGCGGUACUAUGAGACGCCCGAGGCUCAGCGGGACAAGCUGUACAACGUCAUCAGCCUCGAGUUCAGCCACACCAAGCUGGAGCACUUGGUCAAGCGUCCGACUGUGGUGGACCUGGUGGACUGGGUGGACAACAUGUGGCCCCAGCACUUGAAGGAGAAGCAGACAGAAGCCACGAAUGCCAUUGCAGAGAUGAAGUACCCGAAAGUGAAGAAGUACUGUCUGAUGAGCGUGAAAGGUUGUUUCACUGACUUCCACAUCGACUUCGGAGGCACUUCCGUUUGGUACCACGUUUUCCGGGGUGGGAAGAUCUUUUGGCUGAUUCCUCCAACCCUGCACAAUUUGGCACUGUAUGAGGAGUGGGUGCUGUCAGGCAAACAGAGCGACAUCUUCCUGGGAGACCGCGUGGAGCGAUGCCAAAGAAUUGAGCUGAAACAGGGCUACACGUUUUUCAUCCCUUCCGGUUGGAUCCAUGCAGUCUACACCCCUGUAGACUCUCUGGUAUUCGGCGGAAAUAUCCUGCACAGCUUUAACGUGCCCAUGCAGCUGCGGAUCUACGAGAUCGAGGACAGAACACGGGUGCAGCCCAAAUUCCGUUACCCCUUCUACUAUGAGAUGUGCUGGUAUGUCUUGGAGAGAUACGUGUACUGUGUGACCCAGCGGUCCUACCUCACUCAGGAAUACCAGAGAGAAUCAAUGCUUAUUGAUGCCCCAAGGAAGCCCAGCAUAGACGGCUUCUCAUCUGAUUCCUGGCUGGAGAUGGAGGAGGAGUCCUGUGAGCAGCAGCCGCAGGAGGAGGAGAAGGAGGAGGAGGAGGAGGAGGAAGGUGCAGAUAAGGCACCAAAGCCGCCCGCCGAUGGCCCUGCCUCACCCACCAGCACCCCUUCUGAGGACCAGGAGGCCCCUGGGAAGAAGCCCAAAGCACCUGCCAUGCGGUUCCUCAAAAGGACUUUGUCUAAUGAGUCAGAGGAAAGUGUAAAGUCCACGACGGUGCCCAUAGACUACCCCAAGACGCCCACCGGCUCUCCCACCACCGAGGUCUCAGCUAAAUGGACCCACCUUACCGAGUUUGAAUUGAAGGGCCUGAAAGCUCUGGUGGAGAAACUUGAAUCCCUCCCGGAAAACAAGAAGUGUGUCCCCGAAGGCAUCGAGGACCCCCAGGCACUCCUGGAGGGUGUGAAGAAUGUCCUGAAGGAGCACGCGGAAGACGACCCCAGUCUGGCCAUCACUGGGGUCCCCGUAGUCACUUGGCCAAAGAAGACUCCAAAGAACCGGGCGGUAGGUCGGCCCAAGGGGAAGCUGGGCCCGGCCUCCGCGGUGAAGUUGGCCGCCAACCGGACGACGGCGGGAGCUCGCCGGCGCCGGACGCGAUGCCGCAAGUGCGAGGCCUGCCUGCGGACGGAGUGUGGAGAGUGCCACUUCUGCAAGGACAUGAAGAAGUUCGGGGGCCCCGGGCGGAUGAAGCAGAGCUGCAUUAUGCGGCAGUGCAUCGCGCCAGUGCUGCCCCACACCGCCGUGUGCCUAGUAUGUGGCGAGGCAGGGAAGGAGGACACGGUGGAAGAGGAAGAAGGCAAGUUUAACCUCAUGCUCAUGGAGUGUUCCAUCUGCAAUGAAAUCAUCCACCCUGGAUGCCUUAAGAUUAAGGAGUCAGAGGGCGUGGUCAACGAUGAGCUUCCAAACUGCUGGGAGUGUCCAAAGUGUAACCAUGCCGGCAAGACCGGGAAAGCCUACAAGCAAAAGCGUGGCCCUGGCUUUAAGUAUGCCUCAAACCUGCCCGGCUCCCUGCUCAAGGAGCAGAAGAUGAACCGGGACAACAAGGAAGGACAGGAGCCUGCCAAGCGGAGGAGUGAGUGUGAGGAGGCGCCCCGGCGCAGGUCAGACGAGCACCCCAAGAAGGUGCCCCCUGACGGUAUCCUGCGCCGAAAGUCAGACGACGUGCACCUGCGGAGGAAACGGAAAUACGAGAAGCCCCAAGAGCUGAGUGGCCGCAAGCGAGCCUCGACGCUUCAAACGUCCCCCGGUUCCUCCUCUCACCUCUCGCCGAGGCCCCCUCUAGGCAGCAGCCUCAGCCCUUGGUGGAGAUCCAGUCUCACUUACUUCCAGCAGCAGCUAAAACCUGGCAAAGAAGAUAAGCUUUUCAGGAAAAAGCGGCGGUCCUGGAAGAACGCAGAGGACCGGAUGGCUCUAGCCAACAAGCCUCUCCGGCGCUUCAAGCAGGAACCAGAGGAUGAUCUGCCGGAGGCACCCCCCAAGACCAGGGAGAGCGACCACUCCCGCUCCAGCUCCCCCACAGCCGGGCCCAGCACGGAGGGGGCAGAGGGCCCAGAGGAGAAAAAGAAGGUGAAGAUACGCCGGAAACGGCGACUCCCCAACAAAGAGCUGAGCAAGGAGCUGAGCAAGGAGCUCAACCAAGAAAUCCAGAAGACGGAGAAUAGCCUGGCCAACGAGAACCACCAGCCCAUCAAGUCGGAGCCCGAGAGUGAGAAUGAGGAGCCCAAGCGGCCCCUGGGCCUCUGUGAGCGCCCUCACCGCUUCAGCAAGGGGCUCAACGGCACGCCCCGGGAGCUGCGGCACCAGCUGGGGCCUGGCCUGCGCAGCCCACCCCGAGUCAUCUCCCGGCCCCCUCCCUCCGUGUCCCCGCCCAAGUGCAUCCAGAUGGAGCGACAUGUGAUCCGGCCCCCCCCCAUCAGCCCCCCACCUGACUCACUGCCCCUGGAUGAUGGGGCGGCCCACGUCAUGCACAGGGAGGUGUGGAUGGCCGUCUUCAGCUACCUCAGCCACCAAGACCUGUGUGUCUGCAUGCGGGUCUGCAGGACCUGGAACCGCUGGUGCUGUGAUAAGCGGUUAUGGACCCGCAUCGACCUGAACCACUGCAAGUCCAUCACGCCCCUGAUGCUGAGUGGCAUCAUUCGGCGACAGCCUGUCUCCCUGGACCUCAGCUGGACCAAUAUCUCCAAGAAACAGCUGAGCUGGCUCAUCAACCGGUUACCUGGGCUCCGAGACUUGGUGCUGUCGGGUUGCUCGUGGAUCGCAGUCUCAGCCCUCUGUAGCUCCAGUUGUCCCUUGCUUCGGACCCUGGAUGUCCAGUGGGUCGAAGGACUAAAGGAUGCCCAGAUGCGGGAUCUCCUGUCCCCACCCACGGAUAACAGGCCAGGUCAGAUGGACAAUCGGAGCAAGCUCCGGAACAUCGUGGAGCUGCGUCUAGCAGGUCUGGACAUCACGGACGCCUCCUUGCGGCUCAUCAUACGCCACAUGCCCCUGCUCUCCAAGCUCCACCUUAGUUACUGUAACCAUGUUACCGACCAGUCCAUCAACUUGCUCACUGCUGUGGGCACCACCACCCGAGACUCCUUAACCGAAAUCAACUUGUCAGACUGCAAUAAGGUUACUGACCAGUGCCUGUCCUUCUUCAAACGCUGUGGAAAUAUCUGUCAUAUUGACCUAAGGUACUGCAAGCAAGUGACCAAGGAAGGCUGCGAGCAGUUCAUAGCCGAAAUGUCUGUGAGUGUCCAGUUCGGGCAAGUGGAAGAAAAACUCCUGCAAAAACUGAGUUAGUCCAAGGACAAUUAUGUAAAUACAGGGUGGGUGGGGGGCGGGGAUGUGGCAGGGGAGGGUGAAAGACUUCACAGAAACUAGGGCUUUUAUUUUCAAUUUGGAACUUGGAACUACAGACCACAGAACGAUUCCAUUUUGCAAGUCUUGCCGAGGGAGAAGCUGUUCCACCACCCGUUUGGGGAUGAGUGAGCUGGACACUUUCCUUUGGUCUUUCUGAAUCGUAACUGCACUGCUUUCUGGACCAUUUCUAAGGCGGCCUUUACCAAGAAGACAUUCCCAUCGGAGAGGAGGAUGAACUCUGGAGAAUUUCUCUUACUGAAGCAUGAGCUUAGGAGUUUUUUUGGUGGUGGUGUUUUUGUUUUGGACACCUCAUUCCUUGCAACUCUGAGGUUUUUGGUGUCAACAUAAAGUGGACCACAUACCACAUUUGCCGCCUUGACAUAUUUGUUUUGUUUGUUUGGUUUUGUUACAUCUUACAUUAUGCAGAACUAUUUUUGUACAAAUUGUUUAAAAGUUAUUUAUGCAAGGUU